UGGGGGUUAUAUGUAGCUGUGAGCACCGGCUUGCACAGCUGAUACGUACAGAGUUAGUGUGUUAUAGAAACGACAGUCUCUUUGGUUCUUGAGUCAGUAGCACAUGAACGCUCGUUCAAUGAGUAUCGUUAGUCGCACGCAAGCGGGAUUAUAAAAUGUCACCCCAUGAAAAAAGAUCGAGCGUGAGAGAAUUAUAGUUUAUUUAAAAUAGUGUGAUUAAAUAAAAAAAUUACUUUUAUCUUUUUAUAAAAUUGUUUUCUUCAUUAAAACAAUAAUAUUUAAAAAAAAAAAAUAAUUAUAUUAUUUAACAAAUAUUGUUUAAUUUUGUUUAAUAUUUUUUUUUUUUAAUUUUUUUAUAAUUAUAUUUACACAAAGUGUGUAAUAUUUAUUGAAGAAAAAAAGUAUAUUGUUUAUUGAAAAAAAAAAAAUUUGUUUUUUUUUUUUUUUUUAUGGUGCUUUUUUUUACCUGAAGAAAAAUACAAGUUAAAGACACUAGUUUGUCGUCGUUGAAAUUAAUUAACAAAAAAUUAUUUUUUAAAUUUUAUUUGUGACGUCCAUUUUGCUCCAUUUUAAGUCAACUGGAUUAGCUGAUUUUAAAGGAGAGAGAAAAAAAGGGGGAAUAAAUAAAAAUAUAAAAAAAAAAAAAAAAUAGACAACUUAUUUGCUGUUAAUAAAUAAACAUAUAUCUUUGAUAUAAAACGUUAAAAUACCGACAAAGAGUGAAAUAUAUUAUUUUAUAAUAAAAAUAAAAAAAACAUUGUUGUGUUUUGAUAGAUUAAAAAUAAAAGAUAUAUUAGAGUAAAAUAAUAUAUAAAAAUUUCUUUUAUUUUUAAUUCUCUCGAGGGGGCAGUACGUUUGACCGUAAAACCUGCGGCAACAGCGACGCGAUUUCUCGUAAGAGGACUAAUAAUAUAUAUAUAUCCAUUUUGUAUUUGUGUGCUCAGUAUAAGAAGGAAGACUUUUUUGAAGCCAGUCACGCGCCAGCCACCGACCGGCGAGGAUCUUGACGUAAAAAAAAAAAAAACAAACAAAAAAAUUUACAAGUCGUGUUACCUCGUGUGGAGUCGCAGGCGAGCUCCCAAGUCUUCCUAUACUCUUUUUUUUUUUUUUUUCAUCAUAAAACAAUAUAAUAAUAAUAAUAACAAUAUAGCAAAUAAUAUAUAUUAAAUUUGAACAUAAAAAUUAAUAAUAAUAAUCGUUGAAUAUAUAGUUUGUGUUUUUCAAUUGGGACAAGUGACUGACCCGUUUGAGUUACGAUAAAAUUAAUCAAGUUGGUUUGUGUUAAUUGUGCUUAAAUAAUAAUAAUAAUAAUAUUAAAUAAAUAAAGUGAAGUGAAGAUCCAAAAAUGGUGCCACAACAGCAAGAUAGUCUCUCGGACUCGAGUCCCCUGUUUGGAUCCCAACUCGUGGAUAAAAAUUCAGCAACUCCCUAUUCAGAUGCAACUCAGACAAAGAAAAAUAAUCCGAAUCACAUUAAAAGACCAAUGAAUGCAUUCAUGGUUUGGUCACAACUUGAACGCAGGAAGAUUUGUGAAAUUCAACCAGACAUGCAUAAUGCAGAAAUAAGUAAACGACUUGGUAGACGUUGGAAGACACUUGAUGAAGAAGAAAGAAAGCCAUUUAUUGAAGAAGCUGAAAGACUACGACAAUUACAUAUGCGUGAAUAUCCAGAUUAUAAAUAUCGUCCAAGAAAAAAAACAACAAAACCAGUAACAUCACCAAAAAUAAAAGAAAUUAAAAAAUCAAAAAAAUUAUCAACCUCAUCAUCAUCCUCAUUAUCAUCAUCAUUAUCAUCAUCAUCAUCUUCAUCAUCAUCAACAGCCUCAUCACCAUUACCAUCAUUAUCAUCAUUAUCAGCAUCAUCAUCACCAACAUCAACCUCAACAAGUCCAACGAUACCAUCAAUAUCACCAUUAUCAAUUAAAUUACGUAAUGAUGCAAACAACAACAACAACAACAGCAAUAAUAACAAUUAUCAUCAUCAACAUCAACAACAACAUCAUCAACAACAGCAACAACAAUCAAUUCACACACCUGUUAAAAGGCUUCAAAAUCAAUUAACAACAAAUCCAGUAUCAAAGCUCAAAAUAAGAUUGGCACUUGAUAAAAGGCCAAUUAUGGAAUACACACCAGUACCACCAAUUGUCACAGCAAAAGUACCAAGUAGUCCAUCAUGUGAUACACCAGAUUCACCAGAAUCAGCAAGUUAUUAUGAUGAUAAUUUUUCUGAUUGUAUUAAUAGUAUGAUAACAACAACAACGACAAAUUUACCUGGUACAACAACAACAACAACCACAACAACAACAACAGAUUUUAUGUUAUCACAUAAAAUAAAAGAAGAAUCAAUUGAUAUUGAUGAUUAUCAACCAGAUUUUCACAGUGAUAAUUUAUUAUCAUCAUCUGUACAAAAUUAUAAUGAUACAAUAAAUUCAUUGACAAGAAAUUAUAAUUGUCCGUCCAAUAAUAAUAAUUGUCAUAUUGAUAAUUUUAUAAUGAUUAAAGAAGAACCAAUUGACAGAUUACAUCAUCAAAAUAUGAGUGGUAUGCUUCCAGGGACCUAUCCAGUCAAUAAUAAUAAUAAUUCAGUGGUCAAAAUGGAAGAACCUACAAAUCAAUGUGCAAAUGACGGUGUUGGUGGUGGUGGUAGUCUUGCUGAUCUUGAUUCACUGACAGAUUUAUUACAAAUUCAACCGUCUGAUUUUAAACUUGAUCUUGAUAUGGAUACAAUAACAACUGGUCUUGAUCCAUAUGAAACAGCAAAUUCAAAUAGUGAUCAUUUUCAAUUUACCUGUACUCCUGAUGUUACUGAUAUACUUUCUGGUAUUGGAGUCAACAAUGAAUGGGUCAGUUUUUGAAAGACAAGUCAACUUGAAAUUUUUUUUGAUGAGAGAAGAGGAAUUAAAAAUAAUAAUGAUAAUAAUAAUAAUGAUAAUAAUAUUAAUAUUAAUAAUGAUGAUGAGGAUGAUGAUGAUGAAAAAAAAAAGCUGAUGAAAAAAACAAGUGGUAAAGAUCCCAGUUGUUUGAUUGUCACUCGUUCAAUGAACUAUUGUCAGUCAAAUUGUAAAAAAAGAAAAAACAAAAAAAUGAUAAUAAAAAAAUUAAGAGGAUGAUUUAUUUUUAUUUUUUUGAUAAAAAAUAGCAGCUAACGAGAGUAGACUCUUUCGUAAUGCUCGUUUGGAAUACUUCCGUUUGGUGAUGUUGACUGCCUGAUUUGUGGAAAAAAAAAAAUCAAAUACAGGAAAAUGUAAUUUGUUCAAGUCUUUCACUGCCUCGUGAUAUGCCAUUUUUCUUUUCAUGUGUCUUGAAGAAAAAUGCAAAAAGAAUAUAUUCAUUCUUUGCGAGCAAAAGUUGAUUAAUAAUCAAUUUUUCUUUUUUUUUUUUCCUCUUCACUCAAAAGUUGGUGGUAAUUUAAAUUUGUGUCGAGUUGUGUGUGUGUGUGUGCGUGUGUGAAUAAAAAGGAAAAAAAAAAUUAAUAAUUAUUAUAAGAGAGAGAGAAAGACAGAGAGUUUUGUCAUCCUUGUAUGAUAGUUAUACUUAUUUACUUCAAUUUCAGAGUAUAAAUAAACGUUUUUCUUUUUGUAUAUGUAUUGUAGAUUAUUAGAUUUUAAGAGAGCAUUUUUUUUUGUACGAGAUUUUCGGGUGUAUAGUCAACAAUGAACAUUUAUUAUGGCUUAUACGUUAAUAAGGCGACUCCAUUUGAAUAUAACUUUCAAAGUUUGAUACUUUUAAAGUUUUUAUUUUAUUGCGAAAAAAAAAAGAAAAGUAACAAAAAAAGGUGAAUAUUAAAUUAGUUUUUGUUUGUUUUUUUUUUUUAUUAAUUUUUCUUAAUCGCCUUAUUUUCGGGUCACAUGAAUAUCAUUGAUUUGAUUUUAUUUUGUUGUGUAUAUCAGUAGAAAUAUAUUCAUUAAUAUAUAUAAAGAAAAAAAAAUUAAAAAAAUAAAAAAAAAUAAGAAGAAGUUGUAGACACCGCUGAGAUAGAAAAAGCAAUUCUACGUUUUAAGUACUGAUUGGGAGUUGUCAUUAUGACAAUAUGUUUACCUUAGUCGUCGUAUAAAAAAUAAAUAAAAUAUACAAAAUUAACAAAGUCGUUAAUUACCCAAGCAAAGAUAAUAAUUUGAUGAAUCAAUGAAAUAGAAAAAUAAUAACAAUAAUAAUAAUAAUAACAACAAAAAAUAAUAAAUUAAAAAUUGAACCGGGUGUGACUUUGACGUGAUGUUUUUGACGUGACUAGCUUUACGAUUUUUUAUUUUGUUAUUUUUUUCAAGUCAAGCAAUGACAGAGUGGUUUGAUGAAAUAUUUAAAUUUGAAUAAUAAAUUUAGGUAAAAAAAAAAAAA